CGGGACGUUGGAGGAGAGGAGCCGGAGGACCGGGGCCGGGCGGGAGAGGAGAGUCGAGUCGGCAACGCUGAGGGAGGCAGGUCGGGCGGGCAUGUCGCUGAGUGAACAGAGGCCGCUGCCCCGCGCCCUGGAGCCGGGCCCAGAGGCGCAGGCGAUGGGGAGGAUGCCGGCCUGGAAGCGGGAGAUCCUGGAGCGGCGCAAGGCCAAGCAGGCGAGCCCGGGCUGGGAGCGAGCUCGGGCCGGGAGCGCCCCUCACGGUGGCGGCUGGACACAAGGCCCGAGCCGGGAGCUGGGUGAGGAGGAGGUGGAUGGCGGCGCCGUGCUGCUGGAGAACAUCGCUCCCGUUCAGGAGAACCUGUUCAUUAAGCGGGAGCGGUGGCAGCGGCGGCGGGAGGAGCGGGAGCCGGCGGGUCUGGGUCUGGGAUCGGGCCCCGGCCGCUCCGUGCCGCAGCUCCUGGAGCUCUACAGCCAAAUCCCGGGGGUGCGCACCAUCCGCGCCGACAACAUCAUCAUCAUCGAGUCCGACCCCGAUUACUUCUCCGAGGUCGGCCUGAGGCACGACGACUCGUCCCGGCUGAACGAGGCCGGCGUGGCCGAGAUCCGAGCCGCAGAGGUGUUCGUGUACGAGGCGCCACUGAGCCGCAGCGAGGAGAACCUGAGCACGCUGGGCACGGAGGGCUCUGGACACCUGCACGGCAAGGUCAGCCGCCUGCUAGAGAAGUUCGACCAAAACUACGUGAAGCCAGCCCGGUCGCGGAGCACGGAGAAUCUGCUGGACGGCAUCUCCGCCAAGGAACGACAGAGCAAGCCACUCUUGUUGCCAAAACCUCUGGUCCUUACAAAGCACAACCCAGGGCCAGUACGGCCCGACCCCCACUCCACAGCCUGGGGCUCCUCGCACUCGGAGCUUGCACGAUCACCUGACCCGGACAGCGCGGCUCCCUCUCAUCCCAAAUCAUCUCCGCUCUUCUCCCCCACCAGGUAUUCCGCACCACUGUCUCCUGGGCGGAUGCCUUCUCUUUCCCAUGUUGCCUUAAAGGAUCAGGAUACCAGCAUUUCUGAAGAUCGGUCGUACUCGGUGUCUUCCUAUCGUAAGCAGUUUGAAGGUAUGCAUGCCGAUGGGUGGCAGAAGCAGUCGCUGGUUAGGAAAGUUCCGUCACACAAGAGCAACCAGAACACGUUGAAAGAUUGCGCCGAUAAGGAGAAUAAGGUCAUGGAGAAUGGUCACCCUGAGGUUGAUUUUGUGGGAAAUGAUGUACACUUAGUGAAGGAGGGCGAACAUCAGGCUAAUGCAAGUCACGUUGCGAAUGGCGAGGUGUCUCCUCUUCAAACAUCCAGCAUGGAGGUUUCUAAAGGAGCUGAUAAAUGGAGGCCAAAAUAUGAAGUGGAUGCAAGAAAAUCUCUCAAAUCAUGCCCUGACGCACCCCCACCCACUGUAUCUGAUGGUUACUAUGUCCCUUCAUCUGUGAAUCCCAGUGCCAUUCCCUUGGGGAAAGUGAAGCAGAAUCAUAAGGUGGAAGGUUCAGCCAAAGUCACUCCAAACCAAUGUAAUGGCGUGUCUGCUUCCACUAGUCUCAAUAACUCCUUUGAGAUCAUUCCUGCCACUCCACCAGAUUUUGCAUCCAUUCCAGAAGAUGAUAUCCAGGCAAGAGCAUUAGCAAAUCUUAAAAAUCAAUCCAAGAACUCAUUUGUUGUGAUUCCAAAGAAAAGAGCAGAAGCCUCUGUGACAUACCUUGAUGUUUGUAAUUCUUGGGAAACGAGCAAUAAAUCUGAUGAAGAGCCAAAUCCUGACAUUAGUGCUUCCAUUCCCACUGAGAUUCAAACAGACAUAAUUUCAGCUAUUUCACAGGAAAUAAGUAGCCCAUCUGACUGUGAUCAGGGAAAAGAAGAAAUGCUAUCUGAUGCAGAAUCUUCUCCCUCACACGCAGAUUUUGAUAUGGAUAACUUUAAUAAGCCUACAUCCAUGGGUAGCUAUAGCAUUGCUUCCAGGCACACAUCAUUUUCACCUGGGGAAGAAACUUCGAGCAUAUUGCCUACAGAGUUGCCAGAGGCAGAGCAGAAUGACGAAACUAGUGUGACAUUAAUUAGAAAAGGUGAUCUCCCUGUUACUAAUAUAGAUGAUAUUUUGGACACUGAAGAAAUUCUUAAACAGCCAGCCAUAGCAAAACCAACAGUAAAAAAAGACAAACCUUCCGACAAAUCUUUUGGUGAACCACAACACCUCUUUAUGCAACGGAAGAGUGGGAAUACAUUUACUGUUGUUCCUCAAAGAAAACCAGCAAACACUGGCCAAGAGGCUCCUGUUGAUACAAAUGGAACUGCUGAGCAGCUAGUUGAAGAUCUUGAUCCGGCAUUUGUUAAACUGGAGGUGUUAUUAAAGAAGCGCUAUCCAGCUGCCGAAGAUAUCCAGGUGAUAGGAGGGUAUCUGUCAUUGGAGAGGUCUUGUCUGUCCAAGAAUGGCUCCACCAGGAAGAAGAUGAAGAUUUCGUUCAAUGAUUCUAGUCUGCACACGACAUUCGAGUACCCAUCUGAGAGCUCGCUAAUUCAAGAGGAUGAUUCUGACGGGAGUGAGGACGAUGAGGAGGAGCGACCCUUGACCACCUUCUUCCCGCGUCCCAGCUACACCAGCUCCCCUACGUCCACCAGCAGCCCCAUGCACUCCAACACCGUCACCUCAGCCCUGUCGAGUUACACGCCUAAACACACGAUGCCCUUCGACACGUGGCAGGAACAGAAGCUGAAUGAACCCUUUUCCAGUCGAGACAGCUCGAUGCAGGGUGGAGAAUCCACGACAGAGGACAACAUGCUCACACCAACAGACAACAGCCGCCAUUCAGACUACAGCAGUGAACCAGCGCUGUACUUCUGAUCUGAAGCAGGUGGAUCUCGGGAUGGUAACAGUGCUUCUUUAGGGACUAAUGUGCCAAGAGUUGUUCGGAUGGUACAUGCAGGCUACGUGCCAUCUGAGGUGUGGCCAGGACUCCUUCCAGAAACUCACCUGUCUCCUUGUAGCUAUGCAGGUCACACUGCAUGUCCCAGGACCAAGGGUAAUCUUGAAAGAACUUCAGUUUGUUCCUGACAUUCCUUUGAGUUUCUGCUGCGCCUCCAGGAGUCGUCUCCAGAUUACAGGUGGCACACUGCUGCAUUUAUGUGGCAGCCUUGAAGCACAGAGACCUCUUACCCCCUGCACCCAAUUUGCUACUUUUGCACUUGCUCUCUAAGGGCUCUGACCUGAUUCUAAAUCAUUCCUGGAUAGGCGGGACCACCAAGGUGAAGCUCUUUCUGGAAGAUGCUGACUACUUUACAGCGGAGACUUUACUUUCACCCUGUGUUUUGUGGCUUUGACCACAUUUGUCUUUGAGUAUUGGGACCCUGGUUCCUGUUUCUAGCAUUGACGAUUGCAGUUGCAUUUCACAUUGCAACAUUAUGUAUAUAAUGUAUUUCUCUAGUUUGUAAUUUGCAUUGUGCCACUGAUGGGUAUAACUCUUUCCAUUUUCAAUGCUCAUUUCCUGUGUCUUAAAUGAUGUAAUGAACCAUCCCGGCACCUUGGCAUCUGACCACCUCCUGGUGAGGCGUGGAGGCUGAGAACACCAAACCACUCCUUGCAUUGAAGAUGGGAUUUCUAUGGAAAGUCUUUAGUGCCAUGUAUCCACUGGGUAGUUAGGAUAGUGCGAGAGAGUUGCUCCAUGUACAAGGGCAAGAAUGGAUGCGUGCUGCUGCUGUUCUACCAGAAUGAACAUUUGUUGAUGCCUCGAACUGAAGCAUCAAAUAUUUGUGUGGUUUCAAAUGAUCAGUCUUCGGGGACAAAGCUCUUCUCUUUUUGGAUCCAUUUAGCCCUAAUACACCUGAAAAAGGUGUAGAAUGGUCCGUGCAAAUGGACCGAUGUAAAAUGCAAUAAAUAACAGCGGGAGUGUUUUAUUUGAGGCAGAAAUAAUUGAAAGACUUUCUGUAGCUCAAUGCCAUCACCUGCAUAUUUCCUGUUGUUGAUUUAGUUCCUCUUGGGUAGUCUAGGAAUGACAUUGCACUCUCAGAUCCUACAAAGAAAAUCUUCAAUCAAGCAAAAUAUGGAUCUGAAAUUGUGUUUCCUGACGGUGGAGAGGAUUAUACUUGUGUGAUGGGGAGAGGGCAGGGGACAUGCUGCUAUCGUUAUUGUCUUGGCAACUACACUGUCUUCUGAAAUGUUGCAGCGCUGAGAGCACCCAAUGCCAAUAAUUCUGAUGCAGCAGUGCCUACUGGAUUUCCUAAAAGAAAAUUAGAAAGAAAAACUAAGGAUUCGGUUUAAUCUCAGCCCAAGGAACCAGAUGGCAGCUUAAAUGUGUGUAGAAAGACAUUUAGUUUGGAUUUGGCAUUGUCUCUGAGUGGAGUGGGAAAGGUGCAAAAUUAGGUUUGUAGGCUGCAUUACUUCUGUCUCACUUUCCACUUUGAUUAGUUAGAAAACAUUGUUAAUUCAAUGCAAUUCAGGGCGAUGAACUGUGAGUGGGAAACUGCAGGAAAUUCCUUGUGACUCAAGGGAAAUUAUCUGCUGUUACAAGUGGAAGUGAAAUGUUUAGUCGAGAGACUAGAUUUUUAUAAUUUUCUGAUUAAAACUAGAUUAAAAUGUUAGAUCAGGACUUGGCAAUAGAACACGGAGUGGUCUUUGGAGUAUAGUUGGCCCUGAUGUUGUAUGGGAAUUUAAUGGCCCAUGAAAUAUCUAUCUCUUUAUUCACGCUGAAAUGUAAAGCACUGGGACAGAAUGCAACUUAUUUUCUGGGUUUAAGUCAUGCUUGGGCUGAGGUGUACGAAGAAACCUGUUAUUAGCGAUCAUUUGAAGCUAUUGUCAUGUAGUUUUUGCCUUGGUUCUUGGAGUCCAAAAGCACUUGCAUUAUUAUUCAUAAUGAUGGAUUCAUCUCCGUCAGGGUGAUAAAGGUAGUUGUUGAACACAGAGAUAAUCUGCAGUGGUCAGGGAUGGAAAUUGUUCCAGUGUUGAACCAGUGUCAUAGUUGUAUGAAAACCACUGAGAGAUGUGUGGAAUUAUUCUCUACCGACUUACACUUUACUACCAAACCAUCCACGUAAACUGAGGUCGCAGUCACUGGAUGUGUUACGUCUGCCUGGGGAUGAACGAGUGUGUGAGCUAACUGCAAGUUACUGAGUCAGCGUUCACGAGCCAGACAUGGACGAGGUCAGGCAAUUGUCGCCCAGCACCUCAUCCACCUCUGCUCUCGACACCCUUCCCUCUGAGCUUUACUCUAGUCCCAUGUUUUUGUAAUGUGAUACGAAACACACUGGAAAAUUAGAACAAAUCUGGAGAGGUAACUAAGUUAGACUAUGUUGUAAUCAUAGAUUUGUUUCGCAAAAGAUUUCUACGUAAACUAGUGUCUAUUUUAAUGUUUUUGAUGCUGACCACUUAUUUUGAAUAUAUUCUAAUUAUUUAUGAAUGGAGGUGUUUGGGGUUUAGCUAUAGUAAGGUUUAUGUGAGAACUGGGUGCAGUUCCAUAGGCACAAGGAGCUCACACCAUCUGACCACUCCCAAGAAUCUUCACCAUCUCUCUCAACACCACAUAUGACACACUCCAAAAACAUUCAAACCAACUAACAGCAUUAUUAUAGGAGGAUUUUAUAAUCGUAAUGUCGUAAGCAUAUUAUUAGUAGCUAGAACAUUUGAAAACAGUCUUCUGUGACCGUUGACAUAAAUGACCACGUUUGAUAAAAACCGUUAACAGAAGAGGGAUGAACACAAAAAGAUUCUGAAAUUGGCUGGCCCGUCAUCAUAGGUCUGAGAGCCAGGUGAAAGACAUUUUAUUCCAUGAAAUUCCAUAUGCACUGUAGAAUUUUGCACUUAGAGAUUGAACUGAUAGGAAGAACUGAAAGUUGCCACCGUCCAGUCAUAAGGCCAAAUGCAUUGUUUGUACCAACAUUCACCUGGAAUGAUAAUGCUUAGAAAACACAUUAUUUAAAGAAAAAACUCAAUUAAGGACACGUCCUCUGCAGGUUUCUUUCUUUACAGUGAUUCGCAGGGCUUAUUUUGAUAGAAAAUUUGUACUUUUUGGUUGUAGAUGUAAUAAUAUUCAUUAUGAUUUAUGAUUUUCAGAGAUGUGAUUGAUUUAAAAUAAAAAAUACACUGUCAAUA